CACAUUUUGUCCACCGAAAAAAAAGCCUCACUUAGCUUAUUCCACUCGUGUCAGUAAUUUAGUUUGGUAGACUGCCUUGUUGGCUAUAUUUCCUGAUGAAGAUGCGUCCCACGGUUAGCUCCAUCCUAAUUGCGUGCUGUCUAGCUUUCGCUGUAGCACAAGCCGAUGACAAGACGACAAAGGGUCCCAAAGUAACUGACAAGGUAUGGUUUGACAUUGAAGUUGGAGGUGAACCUAUUGGCCGCAUUGAGAUUGGUCUUUUUGGCAAAACUGUCCCUAAAACUGUGAAAAACUUUGCUGAGCUGGCCAAGAAACCAGUUGGAGAAGGCUACAAGGGAUCAAUCUUUCAUCGUGUCAUCAAGGAUUUCAUGAUCCAAGGAGGAGAUUUCACCAACAAAGAUGGCACUGGUGGUAGAAGCAUUUAUGGUGACCGAUUCCCUGAUGAAAACUUCAAGCUGAAGCACUAUGGUGUUGGAUGGUUGUCCAUGGCUAAUGCUGGAAAAGACACCAAUGGCUCUCAGUUUUUCCUCACAACGAAGAAAACCCCUUGGCUAGAUGGCCGCCAUGUUGUCUUUGGAAAAGUCAUCAAGGGCAUGGAUGUUGUUCGGAAGAUGGAAAGCACCAAAACUGACGGCCGUGAUAAACCUACCAAAGAUGUCGUGAUUGCUGACUGCGGUGCUGAGGUAGUUGAAGAACCUUUCGCUGUAUCAAAAGAUGAUGCUACUGCAUAAAUAAUGUUUGUGUACUGACUUAUUGACUAAAAUAAACUGAUGAGGUUUCCAUCA